CCUGAAUGUUCCACCCCAAGCACCUUGGAGGGUACAGACUCCCUACCCCAUAACCAGCCCCUCCAUUGAAAGCCCUAACGGUUCCGGGGACCUCUGUUAAUCUGUGAUAUUUAAUUCCGAUCAGCAUCCGUUGAGUCUUGCUCAGAACCAGAGCCACCCCUUUUCGGCAUCCCGUUCACGAUCGUCUGUCUUGGUGCCACGAACCAAUCCAUCGGGACGAACACCUCGCCAGAUCGAGACGUGAUUGACAUCGAAAGCUUUUCCUCCAACCCUCCGUGCUCACCGUCAUUCCGAGAACCACCUGCCUUCGACGCGCGCGAUCGAAUUUCAACAACGCCGAGAUUCAUUUGCAAACCGUCCCGUAUAGAUCCCUACAGACUGCGGACAGUCCCCGGCGCGAUAUUUAACAGAUCCCUGCAAGCGAACAACAACAAUCCUACAUAGACCCUCACUCGCCGAAUCUGCCCUUUCUUGCUCUCACUUGGCAUAUCCCAUGGUACCCAAAAGCGCGCUACGUGUUACGUCACGGGGUAAAAGCAUCGGGCAGUGAAUACUGCGAUAGAUGUGGAGGUGAAAGGGGAACUCUUUUCAUGACAUCGGGCGCAAAGUUGCGCUUCGAGGGAAUAGUUUCGCCUGCUGCCUCGAAUCCUGGGCUAUAAUUUUAUGGACAACAGUAUAUUACGCGAUAUCAAUGUCAUCAACCGUUGGCGGACACCUGCUCCCGCAGAAUGACUUCGAUAUUCCUUUAAAUCUCGCCGCUUCACCUUCUGUAUCAGCGAUACCUGACUAUUCUGGAAAUGGAGGAGCAUAUCAGAUAGCAGCGAAGCUGGAUUCGAAUCCAUCACAGAACGCUACUGUGAAGCAACAAAGUGCCGUUGGCAGCACUGUUGCUGGAGCCGCCGCCGCGGGGCGGGGCGCUGGGCCAGCAACACGGCCGGAUGCACCCAAAUCUAAGCGUGUCAGGACCGGUUGUCUAACAUGCAGAGAGCGGCAUCUCAAAUGCGAUGAAACUCUUCCUCGUUGCCAGAACUGCCAGAAGUCGGAUAGACUGUGCAAGCGUGGAGUUCGUCUAAAUUUCAUCGACACUCAGGUUGCCGCACCCCCAUAUGCCGUGCCCUCCAGCCAUGAUUGGCAGGUAAACUUCCAUGAUGAAUCUCGCGAGAUAGCAUCGGAGUACCUAGGCGGCUACGAGAGGUAUCCUUCAUUAAAAAAGGAGACCCCGAGUCGGCGAGCUGGCCCCGUGUAUGCCUAUCGUGAGACACAAGCAAUGGCAACGCCACACCCAGGACCGACAAGUGCGUCAUUACUGACUCCAUUUGCGGAGCAUCCGCAGCCAGACAUUACAGCGGAGCCAAUAUUCCAUGGCACGCCUCAAGCACCGGCCCCAGAUUCUGCAUAUACGGAACACGCGAUGGCUCGUUCUCCUUUUGAUGCCCCAAAACAUCCCUUGGCUCCAGCGAAUGAACUUCGACCCUACUUGAAUACCGCAGAGGAGGUAUUACUUAUGCAGGUGUACGUGGAGGAAGUAGGACUUUGGAUGGAUUCCAUGGAUCCUGGAAAACACUUUACCCAAAUUCUUCCUUUCCACGCACUUGGGGAACCAAUGCUCUUAAAUGCUCUCCUGGCUUGCGGUGCACGACAUUUAUUUCUAGUCAAUCCUUCAUUCGGUGAAGAGAAGGCGCUAUAUUAUUACAACAUUUCGACUAGAGAUCUCUUAACCUGUUUACAAGAUCCGAAUCGUGAUACGGUGCUGUGUGCAACCACAGCAGUGGUCCUUAAUGUUUAUGAAGUUAUGUGUGAAAAGGCCAUGCAGAGAAUGAAUCAUAUCGCUGGUGCUCGUGCGUUGAUCAAGGAAUGCCGCUGGAAUGCCAAAACAACUGGUAUUGGCGGCGCAUGUUUCUGGUUGAAUGUUGGCAUGGAACUGCUGAGUUGCCUCCACUUCAACUGGAAAAUGGCCUGGGAUCCGGAUACAUGGGAUAUCGAUAUGAACAUGAGCCUGAAUCAAGGGAGCAUCGCGGGCGAUGAGGAGUUUUGGACCCAUCGAAUGUUAUAUAUAUGUGCGAAAAUCGCAAAUUAUCGAGCCACCAUGGCGUACCAAGGGCUUGAUCGAAGUUCCCAUGAUCCCAGGUUAAACCAGCGUUGUGAGGAGUGGAACGCGCUGCGAGCUUGGUGUGAUGAGUGGGCAAGAUGUGCCCCGAGAUCUAUGAUGCCGCUGGGUUAUUUACAUCCAUGGGAAACAAACUCGAAGUCAUCAUUCCCCGAAGUUUGGCUCAUCAAACGCUCCGCUGUUGUUGGCCGCCUAUUCUACCAUACUGCUUGUUGCCUCUUGGCAAAAGUGCAUCCUACGGAGUCAGAAUAUUCAGAUGAGAUGCUGUCCAUGCAGCAUAGUCAUGCGCAUGAUAUUUGUGGCAUUGUAGCACAUGUGAAAGACAGGGGUGUUGCCAGCGUCUCAAUUCGAUGCCUAGCUAUUGCAGCGGAAUGUGUUGUUGGAAGAGAGGCUCAAGAGGAAGUGAUUGCCAUUUUGGAUAAAAUCAUCAAGGAGACAGGAUGGCAAGUUGGCUUUCUACAGCAUGAACUUAUCGAGAAAUGGGGUUGGAAUAGCGCCACCUCACAUAUGUCGCCGCAUCAAAGUCAGCAUCCGCAGAUGGCAGCAGCUGGGCCUUCUACAGACCUCGGGUCCUCUUUGCUGAAUUCCGCAUUGCCAAGCGCGCCUCCAUCAAGACCCAGGAUGCCACAGGGCAUCGUCAACCCACUUAUGGCAACCGCAGACUUUUCGUUCGACAACCACCCGUAUCAAAAUCAUUACGUUGCUCCGCAUAAUAAUCAUUUGAACAACUACCACUAUGGUUCCUACUGAGAGUGAUUCGGGGAAAGUAAGGUACCCCCCAAAGGCUUCAUUCACAGCGCGAAGGCUCGAUUGAGGACGAAUCUUCUGUUGUGCCUCCUUGUCAUGCAUUUUGAGCGGCCUGAUAAACGGAUCUUAAUGUAUAUACAGUCUUGCUAAUAGCCCGCUCAUCCUUGUUGCUGCGCAUACGCGUUCAGGAUCAUUUUUCCGCUUGCAGAUACGCUUGGCUCUUUUCCAUGAUAUUGCCUGUGUAUAUACCACAACUGCAGUUUGAUCGAAGCCUACUCAUAUUUUAGGUUUCUUUGGUCUAGCUCGCAUAUUUUGGUCAAUAUGCAUGCUAGAAUUAUUUUGUGUCGUA